CUUAAACAUCUAGGACUAUCGACAUCCUACGACUACCAACAUCUUACAAGAAGUAUCGACGAACAUUGAGAAGUGUUCUGCAUUAAAAAAGAACUUGUAUAUAUAAGGCAUCUUCUUGUUCUUUAAGCCUUGUUGAAAGCAAAAGAGAUAGUAUUGUAUUGAAGGCAUUAGCGAAGUUGCGAGAGCGAAGCCGUUCCUAAAUCGAUCAAUAGUCCUAAAGAAGCUGUAGAGAUUAAGCAGUUAAAAAAUUAGGAUAAUAGAUUUUGUGUUUAGGAACGUUUUGGACAUUAUGUCCCAAAGGGACGCCGAUAAAUUUGAGGUACUAAUUUCCAACAGUGGAACAGUAUCAACAAAACCAAGAAGACUUCCUACAAAGCAACCCCAAGAUCGUAAUGCAGCAUUUGGAAGGAGUUCUUCAAAAGUUCGAAACAGUGUAGUACCUGAACAUAAUCCGUUUGCACCUGGUUUGUCGAGACGACACACCUCAGCAGAAUCUAGAAAACCAAUACCGAAACCAGCGAGUAUACCAGCAAGAAUACCUUCCGAUUCAAGUGAACAGCUAAGUCUAAAACGUUCAGAAACGCUCAGUCCUCCACGUCACGUAAGAAAACAAUCUACUAGAGCAUGUGGAGCAUGUAACCAAACCAUUGCUAGUCAGUAUGUCCGGGCUCUUGGAAAUGUCUUUCAUUUAGAGUGUUUUAAAUGUUACGACUGUGGUACUAUGGUUGCAUGUAAGUUCUUUCCUAUCAAUGCGCCGAGUCCUUCAGGCCAAGUUCCGUUGUGCGAAACAGACUACUUCCGACGAUUAGACCUUUUGUGUGCAAAUUGUGGGAUGGCUCUUCGAGGAUAUUAUAUUACAGCACUUAACAAAAAGUAUCACAUAGAACAUUUUACCUGUACUUUGUGUAUCACUAUAUUCGGCCCUAAUGACUCUUACUAUGAACACGAAGGCGAAGUUUACUGUCAUUAUCAUUACUCCACUCUUUUUGCUGCUCAUUGUUACGGAUGUGACGGACCCAUUUUGAAGCAAUUCGUUGAAAUCUAUAGAAAUGGUGCUUUCCAAAAUUGGCAUGUUCCUUGUCACAUGAUCUACAAAUUUUGGAAUGUCAAACUUUCUCAAAAGAGUUUUGAAUCCAAAAGUUCUGAUACUCAUUUAUCUCAUACACAACUGCGGAAGCGCGAGAAAAAUUUAGAACAAAAAAUAUUUCAUAUUUGGCAUGCUCUUUCCUGUUUUGAGGAAUACACCGCUUCUUGUAUCAGUGACAUGUUGCUAAAUGUGUCGAAUGGAGCUUUCAAGCAAAGUGUUUUAUGUGCUCAAAAAUUCAUUCGUUAUAUAGAAAUCCUUUUUAAGGGGAUUGAUUCAUUGGAAACCACCCUUGCUACUUAUCAUGCCAAAAGUAUGCCUUAUAUUCGAGAAGCCAAGUUGUUAUGUAAAAAGUUGGUCUCUAUAUUUGCCUUGUUGGCUAAAUGUCAUAAUUGUGAUAUCCGAGAUGUUUCGGUAGUGCAGGACUUCCUUUCUCUUUUUACUGGUCUUGCACAUUAUUUGAAACUUUUGAUUAGAAUAUCCUUAACUGGUGGGUUACGUUUGGAACAAGAACACUCUUGUAAGCAUGCCCUUCCAGAGUUUUUGUUAAUCAUGGAGGAGUCAAAGUUCGUCGACAAGGGGAACUAUGACGAAUCUAGCAUUGACAUGUUUUUGCAUCUGGCUAACGCAAAUUCUGAUCUUUGUUACGUUUGUCAUACUGCUCUUGAGGAAGAUUGCAUUCUUGUCGACGACAAGCACUUCCAUAUUGGCUGUCUGUCAUGUGCUAAAUGUGGGUACACCAAUCGUGAAAAUUACGAUUGGGCUCGAUGGAAUUCGGGAUUGGACCAAGUUGAAUGUUAUCUUUGCUAUACUGAUUCCAGUGCACCAAAUUCUUAUGAAGAGCAACCCGUAUUUCAAUAUAUCAGUCGCCUGUCCCAGUAUACAUACUUGCUUCAGGUAGCACUGAUCCGCCUAUAUGCAAUACUCAAAAUUUAUAAUGCCCAAGUACCCGAUGCUCCUCCGAUUGUAAAUGAUAGAUUGCCAUCCUCUCGUCUUGCUUCUGAGAAAAACCUUACAAACACGGAAGCAGAUAAUUUCAAAAAGUAUGCUAAUACUUUGAAUGAUUUGCGUCGACUGAAAUCUUCUCGUAGUCUUAAAGGCAUAUCUGACGAUGCGAGAGCUGUGUUUAAAUCAGGUGAAUCUGAUUAUCAUGCUAGUAGUGAAGAUCCUCUAGUCUAUUACGAAAGUAAACCGAAUCCAACCGGUGAUUCUGGGAGACCUACAAAUGAUGGUGCUGACAUUAGGAAUCACGCCAAUUUAGAUGGAGGGAUGGAUGCAUUUGAUGAAAACCGAGCAUUCACUCUGGAUGAUAUCCCCAAGGUCAUCGCUGAACAAAGAAACCGUGAGCAUCGGCCAAAUGCAUUUAGGCAUAUGCCAAGUUAUACUGAUUCUUCUAUCAGAAAAAAUACUCGCUACAAUACCGGUAGUAGUGGUCAACAAACCAUUAAAACACCUUCCGUAGAAACCCCAGCUAGGUAUUUGUCAGAACUCAAUAGCCUGGAGCAAUUAUUCGUUCGUCAUGUUACUGUCUUAAUUUUAUAUCCACUAGUUAGGGAUUAUUAUUCGUUAGAGGAUCUAAUGGAAAUGAGUGAUUUACGAAAGGGUGGUUUCUGGGAGAAGUUUGGCAAAGCCUUUAAAGGAAAAGAUAAUGACAAGAAGAGCAUAAAGAAGAAGGGAACAUUUGGUGUUCCGUUGGAAGUGUUGGUUGAACGAAGAAACACUUAUUUUGGAGACCAUAGAAGUAAACAGACUCCAACCUUUAUUGAUAAUACAAUCGCUGCUAUGAAAAAGAAAGAUAUGUCUGUUGUGGGCGUUUUUAGAAAGAACGGUAAUAUUCGCCGAUUGAAAGAGCUCUCAGAUCUGCUAGACAUAUCGCCAGAAAGCAUCAAUUAUGAACAGGAAUCCCCAAUUCAACUCGCUGCAUUACUAAAGAAAUUUUUAAGAGAGCUUCCUGAUCCCUUGCUUACUUUUAAAUUAUUUGGAUUAUUCAUCACGUCGUCAAAACUGGAAUCCGAAGAGGAGCGUCUCCGAGUUUUGCAUCUGACGAUAUGUCUAUUACCGAAGGGACAUCGCGAUACAAUGGAGGUUAUAUUUGGAUUUUUGUUCUGGGUUGCAUCAUUUUCCCACAUCGAUGAUGAAGUGGGAAGUAAAAUGGAUAUACACAAUCUUGCUACAGUCAUUACUCCAAAUAUACUCUAUUCAAAAAGUAACGAUCCAGUCGAUGAAAGUUUUCUUGCUAUUGAAGCUGUUCAUUCACUGAUCGAGAAUUUUGAAAAGUUCUGUGAGGUUCCAACAGAAAUUAGUAUACUAUUGGACGAUCCGGCUUUAUUCUAUAACAAUGCUGCGUGGACGUCUAAAGAGUUAGCAAAACGGUGUGAAGAUAUACUUACACAAAUGAGCGUGAGUGACCAAAUAUCUCCAAAACAGGUUCCAUCUACGAAGCAUAGGAAGCAACCUAUACGUAAAGUUACUACUAGUUUAACAUCUGAGUUUCCUUCAGGACCUGAAGUAGCCGAAUCGACGACUGCUUCAUCUGCUACUACAGAUAGGAAUGAUUUACUUGAGCGUAGUAUUGCUCAGAAUCCAGGUCUGAAACCUCAGCAGGCCAUCAUAAAAGGAACCUGAUCGUUUUCGGUUUCGCAUGAAAAGUUUCAUACUCCUUCUUUUGUUAUUUUAUUAUUUAAAUUUCUCGAUCUGCAUAUAUUAAGUAACAUCAUUACAAUCAAUCUGGCAUUGAUUGAGGGUGUUGACUGAAAUAUUAUAAUGGGAUGACGGUAUUUGGUUCUUAAUCGUUCUUUAUCUAAUGAAGAGAAUCUUAGCUUAAAUUAUUUUUUAGGUCAAAGUAACUUUCAUUUAGUGUUUUGCGUAAUGAAUGAACAUUCUUCUGA